AUGCAUCAGAGAUUCCUGGCCAAAGCGUUGGCACAGUACAAGAAGAUCCGUGUUAGCUCUAACUCGCAGCAACUUAUACCACAGAUUCGCCCUACGUAUGCGAUUCUGUUGAUAACCGAGCUUAACUUCUCGCGCUCGUCGCUGUAUUACAGCAGCCGCUUCGACCUGAUCAUUCAGAUAUAUGACGACUUUGCUCGGAUGGGCAGCCCAAUCACCGACACUCUGGCGUUCAGCCUGUACCUACGAGCACUGAACGAGAGAGGCAUGCAUCGGCAGGUAUUUACAGCAAUCGAAAACUACAACAAGCUGCCUGGCACGACAACCAAGGAUGUAUUGUCAGCGGCUGUGAUACGGCAAUUAUUGGCGGCAUAUUUUGGCGCUGGACGUCCAGACAAGGCCGUGGAACUGUUUGAUAUGCUGCGGACGAGCGAUGCACACCGAUCGGGAUAUCUCAACAAUGGCGAGCUGUUGGCACUAGUGGACGAGCUCCUGGAUCUGCUAAUAACCAGUAAAACCCCUGCAGAACAGCACAUAGGCGUCUUGAAUCAGCUGCUACAGAUAGCGGGGUUGAGCAGCAACUACGACUUUCUGUUCGCCGCCUUGGAAAAGUUCCUGGCCCGCAAAGUCGCAAUUAGCUACACAACAUUUGCUAUCCUGCUAAAGGUCCAUGCCCAGAUCCAGCCUGACGUCUCCCAUAUGCUGAACUUGUACCGGCUGAUCACCUCACACAAGCAGGCGCAGAGCAUGAUGACGACACCGGUGUUUAGUGCCUUCAUUGAUUACUUUAGCGUGUUGGAGGACCUGCGGCAGCAUCCAAUUGCUCAGCCAAACAUGCGCACAGUCGGGCUGCUGAUGGCACGGUAUGGCAAAGCGGGACUAAUGGACAGGGCACUAUCGCUGUACCACAGGAUCGGGUUCGAACAGUUCGACUCGUUGCUUGUGGAUAUAAUCCACCAAGGCAGGGCGAACAACUACAGCGGUAUGUUUUCGGCGUUCUCGGAGCUGCGGUUGCUGGCGCCGACCAGCAUGAUGCCGCUAGUGGCUGUGUUGUUCCAGUCUUCCAAUAUUGCUCGCAAGCGGGUACGUGCGAUCCAGAACGGACCCAUGGCAAUUACUCGGCUUGGUGCAGGUUUCCCCACAGAUGCAGAGUUUGAACUCUUUACAGCAAACUUCCGUACCUGUGUUGACGACUUGCUCAGUUCGUCGGAAAACGGGCUGCCUGUAAAGCAGUUUCUGUUCAAUAUGGCGAUCUCAAUAUCGGCUCAGAUACGGGACUACGAUACCACGCAGCGGGUUUACGACUAUCUCGCCAAGACCGAAGGCAUGGAGCCCACUGCCCAGACGUUCCGGGCGUUGAUCCGGUCGUACAUCAGCAGCUUCGACUAUGCCGGCGCAACCGAUGUCUUGGAUGAGCUGGCAACCCGCAAUGUUCCGCUGUCCUGCAUCACAUUCAACGCCCUAAUCCAUGGGUUCAUUGCCGCAGGCCUACCUGAGCAGGCCAUCAAGGCGUACUCCUUCAUGGCGCCAGAGUUCAAGGACUUUCUGCCUGUCACCAGGCCUGAUAUCUACACGUUCGCGACUAUGGCCGAUGGGCUAGUCAGCGCGGGUAUGUUCAAGGAGGCCAUUGUGGUGUUUGAGGAUUCGUUCACGCUGCUAAGCUAUGUGCCAAGGCAACUGCUGGAGACACUGGUCAGUAGUCUGGAGGAGAAAAUGCAAUUCGACUUGUCGCAAAUCUGCCUGAAGCGGUUUGGUCGGCGGAUUGAGGAAAGUCAGCCCGCGGAGGUCCAGGUUGCGACGUCUGACGGCAAGCAAAUUGCUAUGGCAGAGACGCCGGCGGACAAGCUGCCGCUAUCGUACUUUGGGUACCUGCUCCAGCGCAGCCGCAGAAUGUAA